GACGGCGACGGCACGGUGGUGUGUUUGCCGGUUGAAAUCUGAAACAAAAACGAAAGAACAGUUCAUUAAACUACAUAUUUGAAGAAAAGAAUCACCUGAAACACAAGCAAUCUGUUAUUCCCUUUGAGGAACUUUGCAAGGAGAAAAGAUUAUUAUUAGUAUCUGCCUCUUACAUAUUUUUAGUCAUGUUAAAGAACAUGGUAGUUGUUGUCACCGGAGCAGUAAAUGGAUUGGGUCGCCAGACACUUGCCCACUUUUGUCAGGAAAACGCCAAUGUAUUUGGUUGUGACAUCCGUGAUGAUGAUGGUGAGCUAGAGAAAAUAUUUGGUGAUAAAGUCGGGUUUUUGAAAGCAGAUGUUCGCAAAGAGAAGGAUAUGGAACAAGUUUUCAAAAGAGCCAAGGAGAAAUUUGGGCGGCUUGAUGUGCUGGUGAACUGUGCUGGAUAUGCUGCUUCACAUAUAACACUAACCAGUGGUGGACUACCAUUUAAGUUGGAACACUUCUCACGGCUAUUAGAGGUGAAUGUUUGCGGUCAAUUUAACGCAAGUCGCCUGGCGGCUAAAGAGAUGGCUACAAAUGAUUUAGAUGAAGAUGGUAGCAGAGGAGUUAUUAUUCUUACAUCAGGAUUUGCAGGGAAAACAGCUCGAGGUGGUCAGGCAGGUAUAAGUGCAUGCUGUGGAGGAAUUGAAAGUAUGACACUCCCUAUGUCAAGGGACUUAGGCUCUUUAGGAAUAAGAGUGGCAACAAUUUCACCAGGGCUGUUCUCAACUCCUCUUAACAGCAGUCUAAGUGAUGAAGUUGAGGAGUUCCUUGUCCGGUGUCAGUCAUUUCCACAUCGCUUUGGAAAACCUGUUGAAUAUUCUGAAUUAGCUCUCCACAUAGUCCAAAACAAAAUGAUAAAUGGAGAUAUCUUGUCAAUUGACGGUGGUCUUGUCCUGCCCACUUACUAAUUAACAUGUCUCUUUACUUAGAAUGGCACCAUUUUUAUUAGAUUUUGUACUGUUUGGGGUCUCAAAUGUAAAUAAUUAAUAUGUUAUGUACUCAAA